CCCCGCAGGGCUGGAUAAGGCCCGGAAAUCCCAGUUGUCCCAGUGGGAGUGGGGCUGUUGGUGCUGGGUGAGAUGCGGGGCAAGGACGAUGAGUACGAUUACCUCUUCAAAGUUGUGCUCAUCGGGGACUCUGGGGUGGGGAAGAGCAACCUGCUGUCACGCUUCACCCGCAAUGAGUUCAACCUGGAGAGCAAGAGCACCAUCGGGGUGGAGUUUGCCACAAGGAGCAUCCAGGUGGACAACAAGACCGUGAAGGCUCAGAUCUGGGACACGGCCGGGCAGGAGCGGUACCGGGCCAUCACCUCAGCGUACUACCGGGGGGCGGUGGGAGCUCUGCUCGUCUACGACAUCGCCAAGUACCUGACGUACGAGAACGCCGAGCGCUGGCUGAAGGAGCUGCAGGACCACGCUGAUGCCAACAUUGUCAUCAUGCUGGUGGGCAACAAGAGCGACCUGCGGCACCUGCGGGCCGUGCCCACCGAUGAGGCCAGGAGCUUUGCAGAGAAGAACGGGCUGUCCUUCCUUGAGACGUCUGCUCUGGAUUCCACCAACGUGGAGACGGCUUUCCACAACAUCCUCUCGGAGAUCUACCGCAUCGUGUCACAGAGGCAGAUCACUGGGCAGCCGGAGUCAGAGUUUGGCCCCGCCACGACCAUCGAGCCCAUCCGGGUGCUGCCCACGCAGCAGGAGGGCAGGCAGGCACCCUGCUGCCAGAACAUCUGAGCCCCUUGGGGUGCCCCCACCCUGACACCCCCACCACCACCCAGCAUGUGCUGGCAUUGCGUUUCUCACCCUCUACCUCUGCUCACUGCAGCUCCCCAGAACGGGUCGGGCUUCUGCACGGCUGCUCUUGUGUGCACCAUCAUGCUGCCUGCGUGUUGCUCUCCCUGUGUUUAUGUAGGACCUACACAAACUGGGAGGGUGGGGAGGGGAGCAUCAGAGUCUCUCCAUUCUCUUCCCGUGGUUUGGGACAUGCCAUCCCCUCGUGUCCCUGCUUCCCCCAGCCCUGAAGGUGCCAUCACUGGGUGACUCAGGGUGGCACUGAACAAGCCCAAACAUCGUGACUCCCUCGUUUGGUGCCACAUUUUUGUGGCACCUCUGGGUGCAGCCCUUCAGGGUGGGGUGCGCAGGGGGAACGCACUGGGUGCACCUUUGUCUUGCCCGGUGAAGCGAGCAACAACAACAGCCGGUUGUACCCAGCCCUGCCCCUUUGACACCGAGGGCUGGGUGUGCCUCUGGGUGCUGAGGGACACCCCAGUGUGGGAUGGGGGCGGUGACUCCCCGCUCAUGCCCGGAGGGACCCCAGUCCAGGGAGACUGGAGCAGGGAUCCGGGGGGGUAUAGCCUUUGGGGGGGACCCUGAGGAGGGGACAAGGGGGUCCCAGGGCUUUGAUUGGCUGAGGGCAGGGAUAGGGUGCUGAGGGGGGGCACCUGGUCCCUCUGCACGUCUCCCCGGGUGGUGGCACGCAGGGCUCUGGGCUGCGAGGAGCCUCCCGUGGGACGUGAGCCCGCUCCACGCUCGUGGCCAGUGACAGCGUGGCCUGGGCUGGGGACGUGGCUGCCACUAGAUGGGGUGGCUGCUGCACCUGCGGGGGGGGCAGGGACCCCUUCCCCUGCCUGGGGGACAGCCGGCACCUCCCGGGGUGGGCACAGCACCCUGCCGAGCCCAGUGCCACUCUCAGGGGUGAUUGGCAGCUGUCAAUCAACAGGGGCGUGCAGGGGCUGCGGCGGCUUUCCUGGGACAGCCAGUCCCUUCCCAUUGACCCCGGUGCUGGGAGCGUGUCCCCCAUCGCAGUGGGGGGGUUUUUUGGGGGGGUGUGUGUCUCUGUCUCUCUAUGGCUGCCCCCGGUCACCCCAUCUCACUUGGCUCUGCCGGCAGGAUCUGUGCCAGGGUCUUGCCCUGGGGCGCGAUUUAUUGAUGAAACAGGAAUUUGGGCAAAAUCCCCAAAUAAAGUUGCUGCUGGAGGCUC